AUGGUGGUAGCAAUCGACCUUUCAGAACAAAUGAUCCUGCUCGAUCGUUGUCUGGAGUCAGUCAUCGAUACAGCUCAAAAGUCCCAGCAACGAAAGGAACAUCUAGCAACAUCGGCCGCUUAUUUUCUAAUUGGAUCAUUUUGUUCGGACGGAGAUAUCCAUGUCGCCCAUAUGGCCAUGUGUCCAUUGCCAUGGUCCUCUUUCCUGUUCUCUAACAUUACAAAACGGUUGCAGAGUGGCGAUGCAUUGAGCAAAUCACUAGAUGAUGAGUGGAUCGCUGACAAUGCUGAAAAAGUGACAAGGAUUCUGCCUGGUGGAAUUCAUAUUGUUGGUCUAGCAUGGUUUUCCGAUCGGAGCACUUAUAAUCUUCAAAAAGCAAUGAUUACACGAUCAUUGGCACGGAUUCAACGGACAACAAAUUUGCUCACCACUUUAAGCAUCAAUUCUGUAUCUGACCAAAUGGCUCUAAUUUUCGUUGAACCUCCAGCCGGUAAACCAACGGGCUUAGUUAUUGACGUUGUACGGCGCGGUCCAGAUUCUCCAACGAAAGUGUCUUUUUCCGCGCUAGACUGGAUACCAGUUGUGUCAAGUGCCUCCGCAAAAGUUUGUUUGAAUGUGCCAACGCGACAGAAGCACUCCCACUUCUUCACGGAAUUCGUGGCUGCAAUAAGACCUUUCGCAGAAAAUCUGUUGAGUUGUCCAUUGUCAGAAUGGUUGCUAUUGUUUGUGUUUUUUCGUUCUUAUCAUCAAAUUCAGAUUCGAGCAGCGGUUCCAGCUAAAUCAAAUGUCGGGUCAGCUAUUACCGCUGUUAAACAUCAUCUUAUUAGGAGCUUGACCGCACGAGCAGAGUUACAAUACGAAUCAAUGGACGUAGUUGAAGAAGGUAGUGCAGCUCCGUGCUCUGUGCAUCAAAUGCCUCGACCCGCUACCACGAUCCUUUAUACUCACCCAGCCAUUUUGUUAUCGGAUUACCUGUUCGAAGCUGAUACCGUUGAAGACGCACAGAAGAAUUUUGAUGAGUUGCUUGGGCUCAAAACAUCUAUAGAACACAUCGAUGAAGGCUGGGAGCGAAGCCUAGAGAUAGAGGAGAUGGAGACGAUACGUGCUCCUCUUGAUGACACACCAAUCGCCAAUUUGAGAUCGAAAGAGGACGAUAACACCCACAUAUUCUCUCUCCUAAUAGCUCUAUCCGUAAUUGUUGGGGUUGUGAGUAUUGUUGUUUAUUUUGUAAUGGCAAAGUAA